AACCCUCGGCAGUGCCGGUGCCCCGGCAUUGCUUCGUGGUGCUUUCUCCUCGGGCGUGGGGAGAAGAAAAAAAUAAAAAAUAAAGAGACAAAAGUGAAGCAAAACACAACAGCCACACCACAAAAAAAAAAAAAUAUCCAACCCAUAGGAAGCGAACCUGACGCGCGGAGCCGGCGCGGGCAUGCGCCGUCAAAGAGCUGCGCCCGGUGAGGAGUUGGCAUACCAAGCAAAACUGGGUAAAAAAAGCACCCAGGAGGAACGAUGCUGUUUGAUGAUUUUAGGUAAUCUCCUAUUUAUAUCUCCAUGUUUUUUAAUCUAGCCUCAGAUGAAUUUCCUAGCGUCCUUUCACGAGGAGAGGUUUUUAAUUCCACUUAAAGGAAAAGCCUAUUUGUCGGAUUUGAUUUGAUUUUAUUUUUUACUCCGAUGACGACGACGAAGCCGAUCUUCGAAAGAGAAGCCAACGUGGAAAAAACCCACCCUGAACACAAAUCCAAACCAACCUGAACACCAAACCAGCUUAAAGGCAAGAGGUGACUCCCUGCAGCUCUGAGGCUAUCGGGAUCAUGUGCUUUACUGUCAGCCAGACACGCUGAACAGCCGAAUAUUUUUAUUCCUAAAGGACAUAAAAAUACUUAUUUUGCAGCUUGAGGAGCCCUUUCUUACAGCGAUGGGAGCCCACGAAAAGUGGGACAUCCCGGGGCGGCACAUCUUCACUCGGCUCCUCCUCCAGCGGGAUUGGCUCCACCGGGACGGAGUGGGCCAGCGUCUUUCCUGGUGCCGGAGACCUCAGGACACGGCCGGGCUGGGAAUGCCGCUGCUGGGGGGGCCGUGCUCGGGCUCGGACUUGUGGCUACUUUGCCAAUGGCCCCAGGGCGAGCAGUGGCGGCGACGGCGGCAUCUCCAAAGGAGCUGACAAGACAAAGAAACAGAAACAAAAAAAUACAAAAAACCAGGAAAAAAAAAACCACAAACCAACCCCAAACUGUGAAUAGCGAGUGUUGCUCUCUGUACAUCACUGUUGCUAAAGUCUGGUGCUUUCCGUCUCCGGGGGACUUUCUCUGCGCGAUCGGCUCCGGGAAGAGCGAAUCCCGAAGGCUUGGCUGGGCCAAAUCCCGCCGGGUCCGCCUUCCCUGCCGGUGCCAGCAAGCCGGCGUAGCGGCCCCAGCGCCGCCGGGGCUCGGUGCUCUUUACUCUCCCCGGGUGCCAUCCCUCCUUCCUAUGGAUCACCGUUCUUCCCGCAAAAAAAACCCACCCAAACCCAGCUGACAACCCAACGACGAUGACGACGACAACCGCGUGGUGCUUUUGGAACAAUCUCCGUCGAGACUUCCCGCCCGACGCCGGAGCCGCGCCCAGAUGGAGGGGCGGGAGAGCUCCCCGGGAGCGCGGCACAGACGGAUCCAGGUUCCCGGCGUCCCCAGGGGGGUUGUUGCUUUUGCACUUUGAGGUGCCUUUUGGAAGAGCCAGCGAGGCAACGCCGACGCCGUCACCGUGCGGGAACCACCUCGUGUUUACUGUCACCCUCCUUCCCCGCGCACGGGACACGGAUCAGCAGGAUCUCGGUAAAAAACAACCUGAACAUUUACGUGGUCUGAUUUUAAACCUGUACAUAGGGAAAGAAUUUUUUUAAAAGCACUUUCACCUAGAUUUAAAAAGCGAAACUUAAAAAAAAAGCAAACAACUCCCCUUCUUCCCUCUCCCCUCCCCUCCCACCCCCCCCCCCCAACUUGAAGCAGUAUGUUUUAAACAAGAUUAUCGUGGGAGACCUGUAAAUACUGGCAGAAUAUUUAACAUGCUUUGUCCGUCCUUCAUCAUUAAUGAUUUUUUUUUUUUGUUCCUUUUUUUAACCGUAAUCUGUAAAGUCGCGUAUAUUUGACAAGGAAACUCAACGAGCUAUUCCCGCUUUUCUUAUAAAUACCCAAUAGCAUAUCAGGAUUGUAAGAGUUGAUGGCAAGUCGGAUUUUAGGGAUGCCCGUUCCAGCGGGGGACCCGCCGUGUGGUUGGGAGGGGGGAGAGGGGACCCGGCUGAUGUGGGGCCGGAUUCGGGUGCCGGCCCCGUCGGCAUCGCCGGGGGUUUGUCUCUGGCUGGCGCGGCGGGGGUGCCUUGGAGCUUCGCCUGGAGCGUGGGGGGGAGAAGGAGCGUUCUGAGAAGGCGAUGGUCCGUGUAACCUGUCUAAGUCCUGCUUCCUUGGAGGUGUUUUUGGUGCAGGGAGGGGGGUUGGUCCGUUGGCUCUGGGGGGAGCGGGAGCUGCCGGCGCCGCGGGUCGGGGGGAGCAAGAACUGCUGCAGUCUCACGUUUUUACACUACAUAACGUCUAACCUACCUCAACUCUCAGUCAUUACAAAUUCGCACGCUUCAGACUUCUACACAAAACUCGAAAUCUAUGCACAGCUCUUUUACCCCUUGCUGCUGAGAGGCUGUUUCCAAGCAAAAUCUUUCCCUUUACCCGCCCUGGCGGCCGCGCUCGUCCCGCCCGCACCGAAGCCACGGGGGUCACGGAGUUCGAGGGGGAAGGAACGUUUUUAAUCGCUUCGGAAUGGGAUGUGGGGACCUCGUUUUGCAGCAGGUCGUGGCCACAAUGGUGCUAGAACAAAACCCGUGGUGGAAACCCCGGGGAGAGCUCGGCACGGGGAGCCCCAACCGGCUUCUUCCAUCCCGCUGCAGGCGGGAAAUGAGGGGUGCAUUUCGGGUCCCCUCGUCCCGAUGCUCUCGGGAUGAGGCGUGGGAAGGAGAAGGAAACCAGAAUCCCUGAGGUGCCUCAAUUGCUGAUUUUUCCUUUUAAUACUGGAGUACGCUUUGUGGGCUCUAUAAGGCAUAUUUUUAUUAAAUGAAAUCUUGUAAUACAAACGGUGCUAUGGUGUUUUAACAAACUGUAUCACGCUUCUGCCUGAUUCCAUCUCGCUGAGGUGCUACUAAUGUAUAUAUGAAACUAAGGAACCAAGAUAUAAAAAAAUAAAGCAAUGUCGUUGAGAAGGAAGUUUACCUUUCCGGAGCGACAGCUCAAGGUGUGCCGGGAGCCGGCUGGGUUGAUGCAAACCGGAGUUUUGCCAUGUCCAAGGUGUCCCGGGGUCGUGGUGGAACCGUUCCCUGCGGAGCCGGUGUGGUGGUGGGAUGAGGUGCUCAGAUGUAUGUGGGUGUAGGGUUUGGUCAGAGGUGUGAUCUCGGUGCUCAGCAGUGCUUGGUCGUGGUUUGUGGACAUGGUGCUGAGACGCGGUGUUUGGCCACGCACCGUGGAUGUGGUGCUCGGGCGUGGUGGUCAGUCACACACUGGGGACAUGGUGCUGGGACACAGUGUCUGGUCACACACUGUGGAUGUGAUGCUCGGGCGUGGUGUGCGGACAUGGUGCUCAGACGUGGUGUUUGGCCACACACUGUGGACGUGGUGCUCGGGCACGGUGGUCAGUCACGCAUCAGGGGCGUGGCACGUGGGCAUGGUGCUUGGACAUGGUGAUCAGUCACACAUCGGGGAUGUGGUGCUCAGACGUGGUGCGUGGACACAGUGCUUGGAUGUGGUGCUUGGCCACGGUGCUCGGACAUGGCACGUGGACAUGGUGCUCAAGCACAGUCACACAUUGUGGAUGUGGUGCUCGGGUGUGGUGCUUGGACAUGGUGCUUGGGCACAGUGCUCAGCCAGGCAUCGUGGACAUGGUGCUUGGACACGGUGCUUGGACACAGUGCUCAGCCACACAUCGUGGACGUGGUGCUCGGGCAUGGUGCUCUGCUGUGGUGCUUGGACGUGGUGUGUGGACACGGUGCUCGGGGCACGGUGCUCGUCCACAACCCACAGACAUGGUGUGCAGGCACCACGCUUGGACACGCUGUGUGGACACGGUGCACGAACCUGGUGUGUGGACAUGGUGCUCGACCACGGUGUUCAGACGGACUCUGCUGUGGUGCUUGGACUUGGUGCAUGGACAUGGUGCUUGGGCACGGUGCUUGACCACGUCAUGGACAUGGUGCAUGGAUAUGGUGCUCGGGCACGGUGCUUGACCAUGUGUCAUGGACAUGGUGCAUGGACAUGGUGCUCAGGCACGGUGCUUGACCAUGUGUCAUGGACAUGGUGCAUGGACGUGGUGCUCGGGCACGGUGCUCAGCCAUGCACCAUGGACAUGGUGCUGGGGACAGUGCGUGGACAUGGUGCUCUGCUUGAUGCUUGUACUUGGUGCUUGACCACAUGUCACGGACCUGGUGGAUGGACACGGUGCUCAGAUGUGGUGUGUGGACAUGGUGCUUGGACAUGGUGCUCAGACGUGGUGCUCUGCUUGGUGCUUGGACCUAUUGCAUGGACUCAGAGCUUGGACAGUGGUGCUCUGCCACGUGUCAUGGGUGUGGUGCUUGGCCGUGACGGGUGGACAUGGCACUCGGACACGGUGUGUGGGCACAGUGCUCAGCCAUGAGGGGUGAACACGGCACUUGGCCGUGGGGUGUGGGCGUGGUGCUGAGCCAGGAUGUGUGACCGUGGUGCUGGGACAUGGUGCUCGGCCCAGUGCACGUGGUGCUGUGCACACAUGGAGCACGUGCACCACGUGUGGGCACCGUGUGUGGGUUCCACGUGUGGAUGCAGCGCUCAGGCUCCGUGCACGACCACGGGGCUCAGAUGUGCUGUGUGACCGUGGUGCUUGGGGACGGUGCCCAGACACACGUGGUGCUGGUCCGGGUGCACGGGCAUGGGGAGGGUGCUGGGCACGGUGCAUGGACGCGGUGCUCGGGCACGGCGCUCACACGCCAGGCACAGACACGGUGCUCGGGCACAGAGCGUGGGCACGGUGCUCGGGCAGAGUGCCUGGCACAGCUGUGGUGCUCGGGCGCUGUGCACCCACCCCAUGGCACCCCCGUGGUGCUUGGGCACAGCACCCCUGACCCCACGGCACAGCCCCCCAGCACCACCUGGCCGGGCCCUAAUCCUGGCACUGCCCCCCUGCACCGUGCCAGCCCCACACCCCUGGUGCUGCUCAGCACCGCGAUCCCGGAUCCCAGCACCGCGUCCCGCACCGCAAUCCUGGAUCCCAGCACCGCGAUCGCGGAUCCCAGCACCGUGUCCAUCCCCGCGAUCCCGGGCUCAGCCCCGAUCCAGCCCCGAUCCAGCCCCGCGCCCCGCCCGGCCCUGCCCCGCGCCCCCCACGCUCCCGCAGCUCCUCGCGCUCAUCCUCCCCCCGCCCGCUUCUGCCCGACUCUUUCUUUUGCCCCUUUCCCCACCUUUUUUUUUUUCCAUUUUUUGGGGUUUAUUGGUGCUACUUCCCCCCCCCCCCCGGGCAGCAGCCCACCCGCGCCCCUCAAGGCAAAUACCUCAGCCCCCCCCAGCCCCCGCCAGCGAGUCCGGGGUGAAUCUUUCCGAAAUCAGGGAUCCUUUCGCAGCGGUGUUUCCUCCUCCUUCAUUUCCCCCUCUUUGUUUUUGCCCUCCUUUUCUCCCCCCCUCCCCUUUCCGCCCGGGUUUUUCCUCAGUUCUCCGCAUCCUUCAGGGAUUUACAAACCGCCGGAAUUUCAGCCUCAUUUUAAUUUCGGGAGCGAGGAGGUUUUUGGGGUUUUCUUUGUUGUUUUUUUUUGGGGGUUUUUUGGGGUUUUUUUUGCCGGUGGGUUUUUUUCCGCACCGCGGCACGAAGGAAAAAAAGGAGGCGAUAAUUCCAAAUUAAAAACCAGGCGCCGUUUCUUCUCGGAUUCGGGAAUUCGGUCGGAGGCGGGGCGGGGGUAUUUUGGCGUUUUUGUUGGGCUUUUUUUUUUUUUUUUGGUAUAAUCGAGGAGGGGAGGUGGGACGGCGGCAGGUGGAGGGAGGAGACAUCGCACGGGUGUCCCGGCGGCUCCGAAAAAUCACACUUGAAGAUUUCUUGGUCGGCUCGGGACUGUGGUUACUUGAAAUGAAGUUUUUUUCCGGGGCGGAUCGAGGACCGGUAGAUUUUUUUCCCAUGUCUCAAGGCAAUAGGAUUAAUGUGUAUUAAACUGUAGAUACUUCUAGGACAGUAAAUUUAUGCUGAUAAUUUUAUUUUGUAUAAUUUUCCCCUCUUUCUUCCCCCCCCCCCUUCUUUGUGUUGUUUUAUUUCCCCUUAACCCCCUUUUCUUUCCCCCAGUGUGUCGGUAAAUUUAUUUUUUAGGAUGCCUAAAAAUUGCAAGUUUGGAUCCUCCCCCUCCCUCCCCCCUGGUUUUGGUUUUCUUUUUUUUGUUUGUUUAUUUUUUGUUCUGUUGUUGUUUUCUGUUCUUUUUUUUUUAAUUUGUAUUUUAUUCUGAGUUGGCGCGGCCGUGGGGCCGUGGGCUGUAUUAUUCCUGAUAUCUUUAAAAUAUUGUGGGUGUUUUAAUAAAUUUUAUAUUUAUUUUUUGCACUCAA